UGCGUUUCGCCCCUGCUCUCCAAAUCAGCGAAGCUGCAGCCUCUCUCGCCUCACUUCUUCUUCUUUAACGCACACACUGUUGGUUUCAUGGAUGUACGCUGAACCGUUGUUUGCAUUACUCAAGUUGUUAUCAGUCCGUGUUAUUUUCCGGCAGCUUUUCUCUAACAAUGUCUCUGUGAGGAAGGGCUGUCUUUUGACUGAGGUCACUGCAAAGGUCUCGAGAAGGAAGUAAAGGCGUGCUUCAACUGCCGGACUUUGGCGGGACGGACAGGGACUAUGUUCUCAUCAGCAGGGAAGCGCGGUUUCACUAUUGAGUCUUUGGUGGCGAAGGAGAGCCCAUUAACGGGGGAUGACCCUAUCCGCCCCACCGCGCUAAGCUACACAGCACCUACAGACAGUUUUCUGAACGCUUAUCCAAGCCCAGCAGGUCGCGCGCUUUAUCCCAAUCCCGAGCUUGUUUUCCCGGAGUCCGUGCAGCACGCGCCCAUCGGCGUGCACCCGCACCAGCUCGGCGGCGCGCACCUCCAGCACCCGCACUUCUUCAGCACGCAACACCGCGAGCCUCUCAAUUUCUACCCAUGGGUCUUGCGAAACCGAUUUUUUGGGCAUCGGUUUCAAGGGAACGACGUCUCACAUGACUCGCUGUUGCUUCACGGGCCUUUUGCGCGGAAGCCCAAGCGGAUCCGGACAGCAUUUUCCCCCUCACAGCUCCUGCGCCUCGAGCGAGCUUUCGACAAGAACCACUAUGUGGUGGGAGCAGAACGCAAACAGCUCGCCAACAGUCUCAGCCUGUCCGAGACACAGGUGAAGGUGUGGUUUCAGAACCGCAGGACCAAGUACAAACGGCAGAAGCUGGAAGAAGAGGGACCAGAGAGUACACAAAAGAAGAAGGGUAAUCACCACAUCAACCGGUGGAGAAUUGCCACCAAACAGGCUGGAUCUGAGGAUAUAGAUGUCACAUCUGACGUCUAGAACCCAUUUGCACCAGGCUCACACACAAGGCCAUGAAAAGUUCUAUUUAUUUAUGUUUUAAGGAAUGACUGUGUAUGAGUCUAAACUUGGUUGCUAUGUGUGUGUGUGUGUAUGUGUGUAAGAGAGGGAGAUGUUGGCAUGUACAUUUCACUAUGUUCUUUUUCGCUCUUUGUAAAUGUACUCAGAAGUAUGAUUUUGCUCUUUCUCUACAACACUGGCACCAGAAGACUAACACUACCACUAAAACUAAUUCCAUUUUCCAGCACGACACAACCAUUAUGCCAGUGCAUUUAACCUACUAAUGUCAAUUGCUAGCUUUGUACUUACAAGAAGACUCUUUAAUGAUGGUUAUAAUUAAAUGUAUAAAAUUAUAUUGUAUCUUCAUUUAAGGGGACAGUUCAGCCAAUUUACAUUAGAGACUUCCAUUCCUACUAACAUUAGGGUUUGUUUUUGUUUUUUUUCCAUAUUUUUAUUAAGGUUUUCCGGUAGCAGUUGACAGCGAUGGCAAAACAAACAAAUUGUGUUGCAAGGAAUCAUUUUACAGGCCAGUUUAGACAUGAUCUACCCUCAGUGUAGGAGCAAGAGUGUGUGUGUGUGUGUGUGUGUGUGUGUGUGUGUGUCUGAUGAUCUGAAUGCUCGGUUCUUAUUCAGUCAUGGUAAUGCUGGCUGCUGGAUGCAGGUUACAGUGUGGCAGCUCCUGAAUAUUUCACUGAUUCAUAAACAGAAACUACUGAAUAUUUGCCAAUUGUCACAUUAAUGCCUGUAUAAUGUACAGUACAUUUAAAAUAUAACCCCCCCAGAAAGGGACCAUAAUAAUAAAUAUGUUUUAGAAACAACUCUUGGC